GAAUUAAGCAUUGAUGUUGAUCCAUCGGACAAGUGGUGGCAUGAUUCUGUGGAAGAAGUUGUAAAAGGAGUAUGCAAUUUAGAGGGGUUGAGAAGCCUUUGCUUGUAUCUACCAAAUUACCAACUUUUAGAUUAUACUUCAUUCAUAUAUCCUUCAUUAUCAUGUUUCAGAUUUACUGUUGGUCAUCAUAAAAGGAGAACAAUCUCUCGUGUACCCCAUGAAGUAGAAGCCCAAUUCACAAAAUGGGACAAAUGUUUGAAGUUUGUGAAUGGUGAAAACAUCCCAUUUCAAGUAAGAAAAGUACUUAAGUUUACUUCAUCGUUUUUCUUGGACGCCAUGAAAAUGCUUCGAGUCUAUCUGAAUUUGGGAAUGAGAACAUGGUAAUGCCGAAGUAUUGCUUGUUGGUCGAUUGUAAUAAGAUGGAAACAAUUAUUGAUGGAGCUGAAGUUGAAACCGUUCUUGAAUCACUGCAAUAUUUGAGCAUUCAUUACAUGAAGAAUUUGAGAAGCAUAUGGAAAGGACCAACUCGUUCUGGUUGUAUGUCUAAGUUAAAGUUCUUGGCAUUGCAUACAUGCCCCAAGCUGAGCUACAUUUUCUCACAUGUUUUGCUCAGAAAUUUUGUCAACUUGGAGGAAAUUAUUGUGGAGGAUUGUCCCCAAGUGAGCAGCCUUGUAAGUCAUGUACCUGCCCUACCAUAUUUAAAACCUUUUCUCCCGAGUUUGAAAAGGUUGUUUCUUCUUUACCUCCCUGAACUGGUCAGCAUUUCAAAUGGCCUAUCCAUUGCACCAAAAUUAGAGAGAAUAGGCUUCUAUGAUUGCCCAAAGCUAAAAGUCCUAUCAAAAACGGAGUUGUCAAGCAAAGCUCUUAAAACAAUCAAAGGAGAAAAGCAGUGGUGGGAAGAUAUAAAGUGGAAUAAAAUAGAUUGGGAAAAUGGGCCACGUAAUCUAAUGCGUAUUUUCUCUCCAAUCAAUAAUGAAAAAGAUGUGACGGUACAGUUGUUAGAAGACAGAAAUGUAUUCGAAGCCCAACAAUCAGAUACUACCUUGUGCACUCGGAAAUCGGUUGACAUUUAUGCACAACAGAAAAGCCAAUGGGCAGAUUGUAUGGUGAAGUCCGUGCCAUCACCAUGCUCGCCUACUCUUUCAUCCUGGACUCAACCUUACUUACGCAUCACUCCACCGUUGAAUGUCAAACAUACAAGAUGGUUUUCGAAAAGGCAGCUUUCGAAUUUGGUAAGCUAUCCAAGUUACAACGAGCAAAAUAAAAGUUCAGAAAAGUGUUGCCUCGCUGUUGUGUCGGGGAGUAGAGGCCGGCAACAAAAAUUAUUGGCAAGUGGCAAGAGAGAAAAUAGAAUGAUGAUGAUAAGAAAAAGUCUAUGCAUAGGGUCAUUGAGAGGCAAAGAAGGCAAGAAAUGGCCAACCUGUAUGCUUCUCUUCGGAAUCUUCUCCCUCCUAAUUACAUCAGGGGAAAGCGUUCAAUAUCAGAUCAAGUGGAUGGAGCAGUUAGCUACAUAAUGUACCUGAAGAACAGGAUCGAUGGACUGAGUGGCAAGAGAGAUGAGUUAAAGAAGGUAUGGGGUAAUUCGAGUGGUUUUCACCAGGGGAUGAGCAUGAGCUGUAUCGAGGCCUUCCCUAGCAGUGUUGUAGUU